CCUUUCACACGGCCACGGUGACUCACUGAGUCGCUUCAUCUUCUUCUUCAACCCGUAUUCAACCGCAUCGCAGUCAAAAAUAAUAAAUAAAAACUCUUCUCGCUCACAUUGUGGUUUUGUACCUUCUUUUCUUCCAUUUCAAACCACCAAAAUACAACAAAGGCCCAAAACCCCGCGUAGAUCUAUCUGCUCCUGUUGUCUCUCAUUCUCAGCCCCCUCCUUCAAUCAAUUUUCUUCCAUACCUCUAAGCUUUGCAGUCGGACAAGAUUGUGAAGCUUCAAAUUGAAUGGAGGGAGCUGGGGGCGAUAAUGCUGCCGCGGCAGCACCAAUGAACCAAUGGGUGCAUGACAUCUCAAGGCUCUAUCAGCAUUAUUUGGAUAAGAGCACUCCUCACACAACGUAUAGAUGGGUUGGAUCCUUUGUUGCGGUGGUGAUUUAUGCAUUGAGGGUCUAUUAUGUUCAGGGAUUUUACAUUGUUUCAUAUGGACUGGGGAUCUAUCUGCUGAAUUUAUUGAUUGGGUUUUUGUCACCAUUGGUUGAUCCGGAGAUGGGUGUUUCAGAUGGGCCUUUGCUUCCAACAAAAGGUUCAGAUGAGUUCAAGCCAUUCAUUCGCCGGCUUCCUGAAUUUAAGUUCUGGUACUCCUUCACAAAGGCGUUCUGCAUAGCAUUUUUCAUGACCUUCUUUUCUAUGUUUGAUGUUCCUGUCUUUUGGCCUAUUCUACUUUGUUACUGGAUUGUUCUGUUUGUCCUCACAAUGAGACGCCAAAUUGCACACAUGAUGAAAUACAAAUAUGUUCCGUUCAACUUUGGGAAGCAGAGGUAUGGUGGUAAGAAACCUUCUGCAAGUAGCAGUGACGGCCGUGCCGACUGAAUGCUUCACUGUUUCUUGAGUAAAGCUUAUACAAAAGUGCCCUAUGAGGGGAAAAAGUUAGGCACUGUGAAAAAUUAAUGACAGUAGAAGUUUUCUUUCGAGGACGUGAUUUAUGCUUAUGAAUUUUCACAUGCACGCACAAAAUAUUAGUUUGGUUUUGUGCAGUCUUCUAUUAUAUUCAGAUUCAGAUUCAGUGGUUUUUAGAUAUACAUUUUGGGGGGGAGGAAGUGGGUUGAUCUGAUUUGGAAACUUGAUUCAAAAAUGUAUUUUGUCUAAUUAAAUACCAAUUUAUGUGGCUGUCUAAUGUCUA